AGAUAAGAGCAAAGCGAGAAACAGGAAGACGAAUAGUGAACUUGGGUGAUUUCGCUCGGAAAUCGAUAGAAAAUGGUGCUUUCUUGCUAGUGGAAUUCAUGAGCAUAGUUACUAAUCGUUAUUUUUCGUCAGUUAUCGAAUUUAGAACAAAAAAUCUGCUACAAUAUUAAAACUUAACUAAUGUUGCGGAAUUGAAUCGAAACCAAGUCAUCAUAAGCGGCCGAAUCCAAUCACGUUCUUCACUUAGUAUCAAGUUUUCAUUUUAUUAGUUUCCUUUUGUUAUUAUUUUUGCCUUGUUUUGACGCACUACCCCAGCCAACGGGCGGAUUUCGGUUGGGGUCCUUCUGUCAGUAACAAAGCGUCACCAGCCACCCCGCAGAGAGGGAGCAGCUGUAGCGUAAGAGCCUUCUACUACGAUUUCCAACCCCCUCCAACAGACACCGCAAAAGUAUGGCAAGUAGUCCACGAGCCGGUGGCGGUGCACAGCGACCGAAUGGCGCCACACAGAACAAAAUCUGCCAGUUCAAGCUGGUCCUGCUGGGCGAGUCGGCCGUUGGAAAGUCCUCGUUAGUAUUACGUUUCGUCAAAGGACAGUUUCAUGAGUACCAGGAGAGUACGAUCGGUGCUGCCUUCCUCACGCAAACAGUUUGUAUCGACGACACGACGGUGAAAUUCGAGAUCUGGGACACUGCUGGACAGGAACGAUACCACAGUCUCGCCCCAAUGUACUACCGAGGUGCUCAGGCAGCAAUUGUUGUCUACGAUAUUCAGAAUCAAGAUAGUUUUGCACGUGCUAAAACGUGGGUUAAAGAGCUUCAGCGACAGGCAUCGCCGAAUAUUGUGAUUGCGCUGGCCGGUAACAAAGCCGAUCUCGCCAACAAACGCAUGGUUGACUACGAGGAGGCUAAGCAAUACGCGGACGAGAACGGACUUCUGUUCAUGGAGACGUCGGCCAAAACCGCCGUGAAUGUUAACGACAUUUUCCUUGCAAUAGGUAAAAAAUUGCCUAAAAACGAGGGUACUGGACCGCAGCAAAAUAUAAGACCUACCCAGAAUGAACAGAGUCGGCAAAAUAGCAGCUGCUGCAGCAAGUGAUGUCGUUCAGCUGCAAUAUUUUUGUUAAUUGUAACAAAUAACGAAAACGGUUUAAGGAAAUUUGUCAUUAUGAUGGUAGGAAAUAAGACCGAUUCCAAAUUAGUUAUGCUAUACCAAGAACAACAGUAAAAAUGAAAAAAAAUCAUCAAGCUCUGCAACCUUAACAAAUAUACACAAAACAGAAAACACAUAGUGAAAUCAAAUCAGCAAAAAUUCUUUCAGAAAUAUACAUUUUAAGAAACACAGUCUAACUGUAAUGUCAGUCAUUGGCAAAACAAAAGAAAACAUUUCGACACAACACAGAACCAGACUAGAAAAAUCCACACAAAAGAACACAACUAAAUAUAGAGCAUCUUCAUUAUAUGUUCAAUGAAGGUAAAUGCAGAAUAAGAACCGUUAGUUGAACCGAUUAACAGCAAGACCGGAAAAAGUUUAUGAAUAUAACUAUAUUAUUAGGAAUUAAAAAUCCCAAAAAUAGUGCAACUCAUUUAAAAAGAAAGCAACACACUAAUCCUCACUUACAGAAAGCAACCCCCUUUUUUCGUAUAGUUUUAUUACAGUUUAGUCUUUUAUUUUCCGCUUCUUUUGUGGAUACAGAUUGAUGUGUUAUUAUUGUCUCCCCCUUCCUCUAAUGUAAAUCUUAGUGGGAAUAUAUUUAUUGCUAAAAUACAAAUCUUGAAUAUAUGAAUAUAUUUAAUAAAGCAAAAUACAAUAUCCAAAAGCAACGGAAACCGCAAGGUAGGGAAACAAAUAGUGUUUACCAACUAUGAGGGCAAGAAGAGGUGGCAACCGAUUUCCGUCACAUAGGACGCAAAUACAAAAAAAAAGCGAGCAAUUUUCGAACACGAUGAUGCGAGCAUAAGUCGCAGGCAUCAGUUGGUGGGUACAUUUGUUACAUAGAGACCGAUUGCUGGGUGCUUAUUCCGAAUGGUCAUUUUGUCGAACAGUCCGGUUACAAUGUUGAAAGUGACAGAAAGAUAAACAUAUUGUUUCCUAGUUUAUCAUAAUUGUUUUCAUCGUGUUUUUGAACGUUUUCAAAUGCCCUCCCUUUUAUGCAAUUUUUUCGUU